UGGUAUCGUGGCCUUUACGCGCAGUUUUCGACGACUGGCCCUGCCUUUCAUGGUCUCUGAAGCUAAUUGAGUAGUCGCCACGGCGUUCAGAUCGAUCCAAUCGCCCUCGCUUUCAUGCACGCAAUCGUAAAUUUGUUGGUGAAGGUGUUGUGGGGCAUUGUAGUGCGUCAACUGCGGCAGGUGCAGCGCUAGCCACGCUUCGGAGUGCAUGGUGGACGCAAUGGCCACCAUUGGGCAUCAGUCGGUAUUCAAACGUAUUUCUAUUGGACGAAAUUUAUUUGUCACUGAAAGCAUCUGAUUCGCAGAUAAAUAUUCUUCGCCUGGAUUGGAUAAUAAGUAAGGCUUUAAUCGAAUUUAAUAGUUGAAGCGACAGAAUCAAAAGAGACCAAGAUCAGGAUGAGCGUUAGUGUGGCCGUAGGUGGUGUUGUCAAGCUUCAAGCUCUAUUUCGAGGCAACAGGAGUCGUCGAAUUCAUGUGGAGCGCGCUCGGAACAAUUUGCCGUGGUCUCCGUUCGUACCAGCAAAGUUGGAGGCUGUCUACGCAAUACUGGAAGUGGCGAAUCUGCAACCUGGCGAGAUAUUGGUAGAUAUUGGCAGCGGUGAUGGUCGCGUGGUCAUCGAAGCUGCAGUCCAAUGUCCAGAGCUCAAGAGAGCUCGAGGUGUGGAGCUGGACGAGGCUCUCGUAGGGCUUUCAAGACGCCGCAUCAUAGAGAGGGCAGAGCAGGAAGAGAUUCAAGGUAUCGAACGCCCAGAGCAAGAGUUUAGCCGAGAGAAGAAGGUCGAUGGAGCUACAGCAUUAAGGGGGCGAGUGGAAAUCGUUCAUGCCGACUUCAUGGAGGUUGAUAUGAAGGAUGCAGACGUCGUGGUGCUGUUCUUUUUGCCACAUAAGGAGAUAUCAAGAACCCUACACGAAAAGCUACGUCCCGGGGUGCGUGUGGUCACGUACGUGUUCCAAAUUCCUCAAUGGAAACCAGAAAAAGUGGUUUCAACUGUCCCGUUCAUGACAGCCAAAGGAACCUCCUCGAUCUAUCUGUAUCUAGUGCCAAACACUCCACAGGUCCAACUUUAAUUGGUCAUUUAGCCAAGAUAAGAGCAUGCAACGGCAUUGUGCUAGAUAUAGCACAACUAUUUUAGAACUUGGAUUCGACAUUUGUUUCUUGUCUGCAUUGAUCGAGUCUCAGUGUAAUAAAGAGCUCAUUUAAAGUUUACAAUACAGAAACACACGAUGGACGUCGGAUACGGCAUCUGCGGCC